GUGGGCAAGUGCCAGGUGAACCUGGGCAACAUCCAGGAGAAGAAGCGGUUCCUCUCGGACAUCUUCACCACCAUCGUGGACCUCAAGUACCGCUGGUUCCUCUUUGUCUUCAUGAUGUGCUACAUCGUCACCUGGGUGGUCUUCGGCACCGUCUACUUCUUCGACGCCUGGGUGCGGGGCGACGUCCGGCACCGGGGCGAUCCCGAGUGGCCGGCGUGCAUCGAGAACAUCGACGGCUUCGUCUCCGCCCUGCUCUUCUCGGUGGAAAGCCAGCGGACCAUCGGCUACGGCUCCCGGAUGGUGACGGCCAACUGCGCCGAGGGCGUCAUCCUGCUGAUGGCGCAGUCCAUCGUCGGCUCCAUGAUCGACGCCCUGAUGGUGGGCUGCAUGUUCGUCAAGAUCUCCCGGCCCAAAAAGCGCGCCCAGACCCUCAUCUUCAGCAAGAACUGCGUCGUCUCCCGCCGGGACGAGAAGCUCUGCCUCAUGUUCCGCGUGGGGGACCUGCGGGAGAGCCACAUGGUGGACGCCAAGAUCCGGGCCAAGCUGAUCAAGUCCCGGCAGACGGCCGAGGGGGAGUUCAUCCCCCUGGAGCAGUCGGAGCUGAACCUGGGCUACGACACCGGGGAGGACCGCCUGUUCCUGGUGGAGCCCCAGAUC